AUGAACACCGAAUGGGAUGUUGUGAUUCUGGACGAGAUGUUCGCGGCGUCUCAAGGAGCCAUGGCGUUGGCCCUUCGCAAGAAGUACGGCGCUAAACUCGCUACUUUCUCAACUACAGAUCUCUACAAUCAGUACAGUAUCUACCGAGGAUUCGCUCGUAAUCCAGUCACAACACCAAACUACUAUACGAAAGGCUAUGAUAUGACAACCUAUGAUAUAUCUGACUUCCUUCUUCGACUUCUUACUGUGAAAGACGCAGUUUUGGAGAAGUAUUAUCUAGGAGUAGCAGCCAAUUUUUGGAACAAGAAAGCUGGAGAAGUGCUCAACGUCUACAAUACUUACCAGACUAUUUUUGAAGCUUCUCACAUUACCUUCAUGGAUUUCCCAUCGCGUUAUGGCUACGUCUGCUCAAUGGGAACUGAUCUGAUCCACGUUGCCGAACACUGUCAAGAUUCCAAAGAGCUUCCACCAGAUCUGAAGAAUUUCAUAGAAGAUCCUACAUCGAAAGGGACAAUUUACAUAGCAUUUGGAUCAAUAGUCAACUGGCGAGCAGCCAAACCGGAAGUAAUAUCCACGUUUUUCGAUGUGCUCAAUUCCUUCGCUGACUACAGAAUCAUAUUCAGCUAUGCUGGGCCAGAG